AUGUACGUAGAUACGUGCAUGUGCGUGCAUCCCAGGAGCCAGAGAAUCAGAUGGCUCUGAGAGUAAAGGAGAUAAGUGCAGCAAAACUUCCCGGGAAUGGACGUUUAUUUGUGGUUAUUUCCUUUGAAGGGAAGGAGAGACGGACUACCACAAGGAGACCGCUAAUGAGCCUGCCGACUUCUACUGUCAACUGGCUUGAGGAGUUUGUGUUUCCACUGAAGGAACCCUUGCAGACCAGCAGUACCCAAUCACUCAAGUUUGACUUAUACCAAGAAUUCAAUGUUCGAAAAUCCGCUACUAUAAACAGUCACAAGUUUAUCGGUACAUUGGAUAUCCCCCCUCUUGGUCUUCUCAGAAAUGGCAGAUACCAAUCCCCUCCACUCUCUUUAAAGAAUGAUGAGGGAAAGUCACUGAUGUCUACAGUCAGUGUGACAGUGGAGUACGAUCCCCCUAGCAGUCCUGCCAAAGAGAUAAAUGAUGGGUCCCUUACACUAGGAGAGGCGAGUGCUGCCUUGUGUGAUGUUCGUGCUAGAUGGUUCGACCUGGGGCUUGAGUUGCAUCUACCAUUCAGAACACUAGAGGAUAUUGUUGAGACCCACCAUACCUCAGAAGAUCGCCUCACUGCAAUGCUUAGAAAACGUCUCCAGUCCUCACCCAACCCCACCUGGUCUGUUGUUGUUAAAGCCCUAAGGUCACGAGUUAUUAACCGUCCUGACAUUGCUGAUGAAAUUGAGGUCAAGUACAUCAAGAGUGAUGACUUCUCAAUGCAGGAAACCAUAGACACAGCAGCCUCUAUUAAAGAGCAGUUGAAGUACGUACACAAGCUGAAUGAAUUGCUGAGAGAUAAAAAGAACACCAUCAACCUCCGCUACCUCAAACUGUACCUAAUCGGCCUAUCAGGGCUCGGCAAAACUACCUUCCGAAAACGUCUGCUUGGUCACCUGUUUAACCUGGCAUCUAUCUCACCGCAAGACAGAAAACGCUGCAGUACUCUUCUUGCCGAGUGUACUCAAGUCCUGGCUGUGUCAAGUGACUCCAAAUUGAUUCUCAAAGCCUCUACAGAUAUAUUGACAAGGAAGCACAACUGAU